GUAAAUGCACACACCGUACCGGUGAAGGUAUCACAGCUGGAUGCUGUUCGCGGAGCUUUCAGACCGGCUCGCCGUCAAACUGCUGACUCUAUACACGAAACAUGGUCCAUUUUAACAAAUGGACGUCAGUGAGGAGCGCGUCUCUCACCGACAGGACUACCGCACGGGAUUUAAAGCUCCGAUAGUGGUGGACUGGUUUAGUAUAUGAAAUAAAAAGGCAGUGAACGGAUCAUGGCUUAUUUUAAACGCAUAUAGUUGGUGUAAUUGAUUACCGACUGUGAUUGUAGCGCUUCGCCAUUUGUUUAUUGGAAACAUUGAAUCAACAGCGCACCAAAUCAAGAUGACAGGGGAAAACACAACUAUCAAAAAUCGGAUUAAAAAUCUGCUUCGUACGCCUUCCAUUAAAUUGAGAAGAAGUAAAGCUGGGAACAACAAAGAGAGUCUCAGUAAUAAGGUGACGUUGGAGAAAGUCCUGGGAAUCACUUCUGCUGGGAAUCGUGCUUUGGCAUGUGACCCACAUUCAGGACUGGUUGCCUACCCAGCCGGGUGUGUGGUGGUGCUACUGAACCCUAAGAAAAACAAACAGCAUCAUAUCCUCAAUAGCUCCAGGAAAACCAUCACUACGCUCUCCUUCUCUCCUGAUGGCAGAUACGUGGUCACAGGUGAGAGCGGUCAUAUGCCGGCGGUGCGUGUCUGGGAUGUGGCGGAGAGGACGCAGGUGGCGGAGUUACAUAACCAUAAAUACGGCGUGGCGUGUGUGGCUUUCUCCCCUAACAGUAAAUACAUCGUCAGCGUGGGUUACCAACAUGACAUGAUCGUUAACGUCUGGGCCUGGAAGAAAAAUGUUGUGGUUGCCGCCAACAAGGUGUCCAGUAAAGUGACGGCUGUGUCUUUCUCAGAUGACAGCUCAUACUUUGUUACAGCCGGAAAUAGACACGUGAAGUUCUGGUAUCUUGACCACACCAAGUCGUCCAAGGUGAACGCCACAGUACCAUUACUGGGCCGCUCUGGUCUUCUUGGAGAACUGCGGAAUAAUUUCUUUAGCGAUGUGGCUUGUGGAAAGGGUUUGAAGGCGAACAGCACCUUCUGCAUCACUUCCUCUGGACUGCUCUGUGAGUUCAACGACAAAAGAAUGCUGGACAAGUGGGUGGAGCUCAGGAAAAAUGACAGUUUCGCAACGAGUAUGGCCACGUCUCUGUCCGUCAGCGAGGAUCUGAUCUUCUGUGGUUGUGCUGAUGGUACUGCGAGAGCGUUCAGCCCCACUGACCUGCACUUUAUCUGUACGCUGCCUCACCCUCACAGCCUGGGCACAGACAUCGCCACUGUUACGGAGGCCAGCCAUCUCUUCACCUACAAGGAAAACGUCCGCUGUCCUGACACGGUGGCUGUGUCUUAUGACCCCACGAACCGCUGGCUGUCCUGUGUCUACAGCGAUCACAGUCUGUAUGUGUGGGAUGUACGUGAUCUUCGUAAAGUGGGCAAGGUGUACUCAGCUCUCUACCAUUCGUCCUGCGUAUGGAGCAUGGAGGUGUACCCGGAGACGAGGGAUAGAGAGCCGCAUCUGUCUCCCGGAUCGUUCCUCAGCUGUUCUUCUGACAAUACUAUCCGUUUAUGGAACACAGAUGCUCAGAACACCACCCUCAGCCGAAACGUCAUCAGCAAUGACCUCCAGAAGGUUAUUUAUAUGGACAGCAACACCUCCUCCCUGCUGGACACAGAAUGCACAAUCUCCAGUAACUCUGAGAAGGUUGACCCACAGACCUCAGACAACCGGACAGGCAUUAGGACCAUCUGCGUGAGCCCAGACGGCCUGCACCUGGCAUCAGGGGACCGCAAUGGAACACUGAGAAUCCAUGAUUUGGAAAGCAUGGAGGAAAUUCUGGACGUUCAGGCCCAUGACUCUGAGAUCUUGUGUCUAGAGUACUCCAAACCUGAGACCGGGCUGAAACUGUUGGCCACCGCCAGCAGAGACAGACUGAUACAUGUUCUGGAUGCGGAUCAGGAAUACAGCCUCCUGCAAACUCUGGAUGAACACUCUUCCUCUAUCACUGCUGUCAGAUUCGCUGCUAACGAUGGGAAAGUCAGAAUGAUCAGUUGCGGUGCUGAUAAGAGCAUCUACUUCCGCACGGCACAGAAGACAGAGGAGGGAACAGCAUUCACACGUACUCAUCACGUAGUGAGGAAGACUACUCUGUAUGACAUGGAUGUCGACCCCACACGGAAAUAUGCUGUCAUUGGAUGUCAGGAUCGAAGCAUCAGGAUCUUUAACAUCUGCAAUGGCAAACAAAAGAAAGUCUACAAGGGCUCCCAAGGGGAGGACGGGACCCUUAUCAAGGUUCAGAUGGAUCCCUCUGGUCUCUAUGUGGCCACAAGCUGCUCAGACAAAAACAUAAGCAUCUUUGACUUCUACACUGGAGAAUGUGUGGCCACCAUGUUUGGCCAUUCUGAGAUUGUAACAGGACUGAAGUUUACUAAUGACUGUAAAAAUCUUAUAUCUGUGUCGGGAGACAGCUGUAUCUUUGUGUGGCGGCUCUGUCCUGAGUUGACCAUCAAAAUGAGACAACGGCUUUCAGAACUGAAACAGAACAGCAGACCUGUUCAGAAGACCCCUCCAAAUAAACAACACACACUUAGCACAAGGAAAAAAAUGCACAUUGGCACCAUGUCGUCAGACAGCGACAAAGACAUGGAGGAAGAUGAGAUGUUCCCUCACAUAUCAUCAGGCAGCAGUGGUGGCGAGGAGACAGGAUCGUCUGAAGAAAAGCGCAAUACUCUCAAUUCACACAUGAAGAAGCAAUCAAACAGUUGUGAACUUGAGGGCUCAGGUCCACGGCCAAGACGGCGUUGGUCCAGGCGACUGGGAAGUAUGGAUCUGAAGGUGAAGUCCAUGCUGGACCUGAGGCAGCUGGAGUCUUUCGCAAUGCCUUUCUUCCCCAGCAGAACCCAAGAUGUUCAUAAAGACCUUCCACCACAUAGAAACAAAGAACUAGGCAGCACCAUCAGUCUGCAGACUAUUGCUGCAUGGGUACCUGAAGAGAACGAAGCAGGAGGACAAACACGUCCUCUUUACAUCCAGCUGUCCCCUCAAACCCCAGAGACAGAGGUGCUGUAUCCUGAGGGAUGUGAAGAAGACCAAAUCAGUCUUUCUGGCAGUGAGUAUCAAGUGAAAAAGCCGCCCCAUGGAGUAAGAUGUGCUAAAGUGAACUCUUUUCCUGAGAAGCAGAGUCCAGACAGCGCCUGCUCUAUGGAGUAUUCCAGCAGUCAUCUCUCCAGCCCUGAACACCCUGGAGAAGACUCCGAGCCAACCGAGCUACUGAGUGUAGAUGGAAACUCAUCAGAACUGGAUAUGGAAGAUCUUGAUGAGGAAGAGGAGAACAGCCUGAGGAAGAAUGAGGUUCAGACUCCUGUACCUCAGACCCCAGACAAGGAGGUGUUUCUCAAGAGGCACUUUGCAAACCUGUCAGACCUCAACAACACUGCAAGUCCACCCGAAGUAACUCCAAAUAUCUCUGACAGCAUGUCAUCAAAGUUCCUCUCUCAGAACUCCCCUAGCAGGUAAGAAACAACUGCAAUCCCAUUCCCCUCAAACAAAAGCAGUGACAUUAAAACCACCAGUGGAGCUGUACGGCCACUUAUCUCGGAGGUGCGGCCCCUGAUGGAGAAUAAGAGUCCAAGCAAACAGCAGGAAUCCCAUGACACCGAGAGGACAACAGGUCAGCGUUUAAUCCAGAAGAAACGCACACCCGUCAUGGAUUCCCGCAGGCUGAUCAGCCCUGUCGCUAAAGCUGCCGCAAGUCACCACAGUACUGCAGGCAUGAGGAAAGCUCAGUCCAUCCACAACAUCUCCUCAGAAGCUGACAUGGUCCAGACAUCCAGUCAUCCUUCUAAGGAAGUCCACCCACAGCCCCAGACCCCAGACCACCCACAGAUGCAAAGACCACGGCGUUCCCUUCCCAUCGUCCCACUCACCAGCCCUACAACAACCCUGCCAAGGGACAUCACCACACCUACCAAGUCCAGAUCCCGUUCCUAUAUGAGUCCUACCACUAGCUCCAUGGCCAAGAUGUCUCGCUCUGUUUCCAUGGGUGACAACUUGAAUGUGGUAGAACUAGAAGACACAGGAUCUUCAGACUUUCACAGGGGCUCAAGUUCUAACUCUUCUGACCCUCAGAGCACCUCCCAAAGCAAGCCCACCAGUCCUGUUGCCCAGGUCUCAUCCCCUAAUACUUCGGCAUCCCCAUUUCCAGGCCCCUAUGCAGCAGUCAUAUCCUCACUAAAUGCUGGCUCAACUGGAAACUCUUCCCCUAGAGGUCUGCAGGUCAAACUGACUGGCGGUGCUCGACCACUGCUCCAUAUAGAUAUUCCCAGUCCUCUUCCAGAUAAACCUUUGAUAUCUUCCCUCUCGCCAUGCAGCAAGACCCCCAAACUUUCACAAAAGGUAAAGGAGCCCUCAAGUAGAACUCCAACAACUCCCUCUUCAAAUCCUGAAGCAGUUCACCUGCCCAACAGCAUUGUGCAGCCGGUCACAGCUGUUUGUUUGAACACAUCUGAAACCCCAGACCAGAUUGAGCUUAGUAUGGUUCUUGUUCCCAGCCAGCCCAAGAACUUAACAGAAGGUGAACUCCACUCUCAUACAGAGCCAAGAAAAGAGGAUACCUCCGAGGCUGAGUGCCCUCCCAUGAGCCAGUGCAGUCUAAGUGUGCUUCAGUCUUCCUCAGGAUCUCAAGUCUCAGACACAUCUCUCAGUAUGGAUUCUUGUAGGCUGGUUGCCAAUGAAUUGCAGAGCAGUUUUAAAAGAGCCUCCCACCUCUACAAAAUGCUAAGCAACUCCACUGACUCCAGUGAAGAGCAGCAAGAAAUGGCACGUGUGCUGGCCGAAGCAUUUGAGGCGAUGAGAGACGAGCUAAACUGCCUGCCACCAUGCACUCCUUCAAGAUCUCCCAGCACUUGCACUGUGCGCACAUUAGCUAACAGUGAUGCAACAUUAGGUGGCGACAGGACACUAGCCCUAUUAGAGCAGUACUCCAAAUUGCUGCUCAGCGCAGUGGAAAAGAGGAUGGACAACAAAAUCUGAUUUCUAUGUGUGCUGUGGCUGCAACAGGAUACCAAGCCAUGAGACUGCACAGCAGACUGUUUAAGAUAGCGAGGAGCUUUUUAUAAAGAAAAAUGCCACUAUCCUACCUCCCUAUUUAGCAUGCUACUAUGGCAGAAACACACUUUUCACACCUCUUUGCAUAAUUCUGUGCCCUGCUACUAAAACGUAUCCAGAUAGUUUCGCCCAGGGUAACUUUCGAAUGACCCAAACGGCAUCAGGGAGAGUAAUUGGUUACAUGUUUUUUGUUGACUGCAUGGUACAACAAAAUAGAUUCAUUGGUUAUUGUCUUAAAAGACAAAUAAGCAAUUUUAUAUGUAUACAAUAUUCUGUCAUGUGUAAAAACAAACUAUUGUUGAGAGGAAUCUCCAGCUAGCGUCAUUUAUUUGAACGUGUUUAAUAUUUUAAAAAAAUUCCGAUGCUCUCUUACGAAGGGACCGGUAUCCCUGGAAGUCAACAAGGCAGAUUUGUCUCACUUUUAACUUUUAUUAUGGAAUGAUUUUUAUACUGUAUUUUGUGUUGUGCUGAUACUCUUAAGUUGAAUUGGGACAUUGGGGUGCAUAUUUAUUCUGUGAUAGGUCAAUGAGUCGCACAGAGGUUCUCCAACUUUGUUUGUUGAAUUAUGUCAUGUCCUGAUGACCAGCAGAGUCAGUUGGGUUCCAGAGAAAAAAAUUGGGGGAUUUUGAAGGAAGAUUUUGUAUUGUUUUAUUUGCAGGACUUUUUUGUACUUGAAUGGUAACUGUCUCAUGGAUACGGGUGCCUUAAUCUUGACCAGCAAUUUGCUUGAAGGAAUGAAUCCGGCAUUUGUAAUUCAAGCAGGUUAUAUAUCAAAAUGAUCAGUGAUAUUUGGAUGUUGUCCACCUCUAAUAGAUUAAUUCUAGGUUACAUAUGGUUACAGAAACAAAACUGCCAUAAAAAACUGAACUGAAUUUAUCAUUCUGGUGAUACUGAUGAAGUUGCAAUAGCCAAGUAGAUAAAGUUUGUUUAACUUUUGUGAACAAAUUAUGAGAACGGUUUACAGAUUUUACAGAACUUAAACAGGGUUUUGAAAAUUCCUUUAUCCUGAAAUGUAUUUUUACAGUGUUUUCCAAUUAUGACUUCUUAAAGGUAUGUUUUAUUGUUAUGUGAUGUGCUCUGUUAUUUUCCCAAGAGCUAAAAAAAAAAAAGUUACUCUGCAAUCCAGUCUUUCCCACAAUCCCUUGCUAGCUACAUUGAGGUGUUGCCUCUCUGACCUCUGCUUGAAACAACUCUUCUUUUCUGUAGUAAUAUUGAUUAUGUACAGUAAGGCACUUUUUUGUCAUUAAGCUUGAUUCGAAAUGAUGGGAUAUUAUGUUAAGUGUACUGUAACUUCUUAUAUAGAUGGACCUGCACCUAUUUUAUAGUGUCCAGCUCUUCUAUUGAUACAAAUCCAAGCUAAAGCCAGGUGCACACUGUACGAUUUUAGGAUGUUAAAAGAUUGUUUUUAUUGACAGGCCAAAUUAACAGUCUUUGAUUGCUUAACAUGACAUGCUUUUUGUGAAUGAAAAUGUUAGAACAUCACACGAUUGAUAAUCUAAACACCUAGUUAAUGCCAUCAGUGGCGACCAAAGAUUUAUAUCAUACAGCCAUAAAAUACAGUUGAUGUCACAGUCGCAUUGGCCUUUUAUCCAGCAUCUCACUGGUGUCAUAUUGUAGGAUCUGACUUUUUUUUUUUUUUUUUAAUUGCACAGUGUACACCCAGCUUAAGUCAACACUGCAACUAGUUCAGCUUCAACUUGCCUGUUGUCUGAGAUGCACAAAUUGUAUUUAUUGACUUGAUGAGGUCCCACCUCUUGUCACAUUCUCUCAAACUGUUCUUACAAAUUUAUUAACGAUGAAAGAUGCAAAAUGUGCAAUUGCAAUAACAGUUACCCCUGUUCACCAAUGGCAGAUUGCACUGGCACUGGCAGUCUUGUAGUGAAAUAGAUUUAUUUACAUCCAUUUUAGUAUGCAGCAAAAGCUCUUAUUUGUCAUCUCUUAAGCAAGACUGAAAACGCAUGAGAUAAAAAUGAUAAUUAACGUUAAGCCCAAACAGACUUGAUUUAGUUAGCUAGUGGGCCUCGGUGAUGUAGCAGAAAUGAAAACCGUACAGUAAGACUGCAUCAGUAACAAAAGUACUGUGUGAGAAUCGGCAUGAAUACACUUCACAUGCAUGAAGAAAGGCAGAAUUUAAGGUGGGCUUGCUUCCUGAACUAGAAUGCAUGGUUAUACGCUUGACUUGCUCCUCAAUAACAAUCAUGCAAACCUUCCGCUUUCAGCGUUAUCUCUUUGUGGUGACCAGCUCUGCUUUCAUCUAACCUAUGGUCAAUUGAUCAAGAUGCAUUUAGCAUUAUGGACCAGUGCUUUCUAAGACUGUUUCUUUUGGAAACUUGUGACUUUGUCUUACCUUUUGCUCCAAACUGAAGUCAAGUGUUUCUAUUCUCUGUGUUUAUACAAUCCGUCACCUAAAAUCUCUUUCUCAGAGAAGUCAAUCAAAUAAAACUGUAUUUAUUACAUGUUAAA